UGUUAUCCAAAUUGCAAUUUGGCCAAUUUUGCUAUUUUUCUCAACAAUUAUAAUUUUUUAACGAAAUUUUCAUCCAUUCCCUAUGGAAUCUAAUGAUGCUGUUGUUUGUACCGAAGACAAAUCCAUUUCAAGUUCAGACAUUCAGAAUAAUGAAACUGAUUUGAAUAAAAGUUCAUCAAAUUCAUCGACUAAUGGUGAUGAUGGCCAAUCUGAAUCAAAUUCAAAGUUAUCAAAACGAAAACAAAGACGGUUAAAACGUGAACAAAAAUGGGCGGAAACUCGUGCAGAACGUCGACGUGAAGAGAAAAAAAGACGCCGUGAACGUCGGCAGCAAGAUAAACUUAAUGGAACGCUCGUCAAAAAACCGCGAUUACAAACAGUUUCAAUGUCUAAUUCUACUUGUAAAACAAUCAUUGUUAUCGAUUGUGAUUAUGAAAAGUUUAUGAAUGAAAAUGAAUUAAGAAAACUUUGUAAACAGCUAAUGUAUUGUUAUGCGAUUAAUCGUCGAAGUUCGGUACCGGCUCAAUUAUGGAUUACAUCCGUACGUGGUAAACUAUAUGAACUAAUGGAACGUUUUCAUCAUAGCUAUCAUAAUUGGGAUUGUAAUGUAACCGAUAAACAUUGGACAGAAGUUUUAUUUCCAAACAAUAAUGAUUAUAAAUCAAAUCCAAAAGUAAUCUAUCUAACAGGUGAUGCAAAAGAAACUAUACCAGAUUGUCGCCAGAUAAAAGAUUCAAAUGAUUAUAUAUUUAUCAUCGGUGGUUUAAUCGAUCAUAAUCGUCAUAAAUGUCUAUGUUUAAAACGUGCACAUGAAGAAUUUCAAAUGAAUUAUGGUCAAUUACCGAUUGAUGGACAUAUACAAAUGAAUCAGCGACGAAUUCUAUCCAUACCACAUGUUUAUGAAAUUAUGCUAUUGGCAUCGAACGGUAUGAUCGAUCAAUUUUCAUGGACUGAAAUAUUUCAGAAAGUGAUACCUAUUCGAAAAUUACAGUCGAAAGAUAUAAUCAAUAAUAAUAAUAAUGAUGAUGAGUAAAAAAUG